UACUAGGUACAUACUACUUUCGUUUAAAUUAAAACACUACAUAAAAAUCAAAUCAAUCGUAGACCGGUUUUUUUGAUAGAUUUCUUCGUACGCUACUGAUUUGGUAAAUAUAUAAAAUAUUGUUAAUUGAUCGGCGAGACCACAAAAAGACGAAAGUCGGUAAAAUGAGGAACACUUCAACGUUCACUGUUGUGUUCAUUAUCGUUUGGAAUUACGUUGUUUGUGAUAACUAUCCUCAGGUUGAAAUUAGUGAUGGUUUACUCAACGGCGGGUUUUUAACAACAAAAAACGGUAGAUUAUUUAGCGGAUUCAAUAAAAUACCGUUUGCCAAACCGCCCAUCGGUCAACUGAGAUUUCAGCCCCCGGUACCGAACGAACCUUGGAAAGGUGCAUUGAAUGCAACGGGGGUGCACGCCGAAUGUCCCCAAAGGGAUGUGUACAGAAGAAACCCGAAAAUAUCAGGCGAAGAAGACUGUUUAUAUCUAAAUGUGUAUACGCCAAAGCUGUCAAAUUUUGAAGAUGAACUCUUGCCUGUUAUGAUUUGGUUCCACGGCGGCGGAUUAUUGGCGGGUAGCGGAAAUGCCGAAUGGUACGGACCUGAUAUUUUGUUAGAUAGAGAUAUAGUUUUAGUCGCUACAAAUUAUAGGUUAGGACCGUUGGGUUUUUUGGCAACAGGAGAUACAGUAGUCCCCGGUAACAACGGGUUAAAAGAUCAAACUUUAGCUUUGAAAUGGAUUAAAAAAAAUAUAAAAAAUUUCGGAGGUGAUCCUAACCGAGUUACUUUAUUUGGAGAAUCCGCAGGGGGCGUUAGCUCCAAUUAUCACAUGAUAUCACCGUUAAGUAGGGGGUUGUUUUCAAGGGCCAUUCUUCAAAGCGGCACGACGUUAUGUCCGUGGGGCUUAAGCGAAAACAAAGAAACCGAAAAUAAUUCCAAAAAAUUAGCGGAAGCCUUAAAUUGUCCUACCGAUUCGAGCGAAAAUACGAUCGAAUGUUUGAGGAAAGUGGACGCGGAAAAAUUCGUCGAAUUAGAUGAAAUUUUUAAGGUUUGGGAUUACGAUCCUAUGAUCCCUUUCAAACCUGUAGUAGAACCAAAAGGUACAAAAGAUCCUUUUUUACCAGAUCAUCCUUUGAAUAUUAUUAAAUCAGGUAAAAGUAUGGACGUUCCUAUUAUAAUUGGGGUAACUUCUGAAGAUGGUGGCUUAAAAGCAGCAGGUUACAAAAAUGGGAAUAUGCUUAACGAAUUUGCCGAAAGGUUCAACGAAUUACUACCGAUUUCAUUAUUCUACGAUAGAACAGAAAAAAAUCCUGACGCAAUUACUGAAAAAAUUAAAGAAUUCUACUUUUCCGGCAAAAAAAUACAGGAUAGUUUGAAAGCUAUUGUAGAUGUAUACACCGACGGGUGGUUUUUCAAAUGUUCCGAUGACGUCGCCAGACUUCAUGUCAAAUUUUACAAACAGCCUGUAUAUUUUUACCUUUUCGGUUAUAACGGAAGCGUCAGUUUUUCGAGAUUGUUCGGUGGGGGUAAUGACCACUUCGGAACUAUUCAUGCCGAUGAUUUGCAGUAUUUAUUCCCCGUGGUAGAUGAAUUAUUUCCUGAUGUUAUCCCGUCAGAAAGUGACAAAAAAAUGGCGACAGUUUUAACUACUCUUUGGACGAAUUUUGCUAAAACAGGAAAUCCUACUCCCGAAAUUAACGAUUUGAUACCAAAUAAAUGGGAACCUUAUACUUUGGAAAAUGAAGAGUAUUUUAAUAUCGAUGGCGAUGGUUUAGAGACGAGAAAGGGCAUUUUUAAACAUCGAGCAGUAUUUUGGAGAAACCUCAUUAACGAUCCUAUUCAAGAUUUUAAAGAUGAAUUGUAAAUAAAUAUUUUUAUACGUGAUUCACUUAUUUAAUUUUUGUUUUAUAUAAAUUAAUAUUCAUAUA